AUGUCUGCAGCGCCUGAUUCGCCGCAGGAUUUUGAGUUCGACGAUGAGUUUGACCCUGAUUUUCCGUACGAUUUCGAUCCAGACCAUGAGGUUGAGUUUAUCCCUGAGGAGCAGCCUGUUGAGGCACCUGUUUUUCCUGAUGGUCAGCACCCUGAUGUACCCACUGAUCAUGAGCUUGCUCCCACCGACCCAGAGCCUGAGUUAGAACCAGAGCCCAUUUUUGCUCACGACCCUUUACCUGUGCACGACCUUAUCCGUGUUGAGGUGCCAGUCGUUGCACCACCCGUUGUUGAUGCUCCAGUCGUUGCACCACCAGUUGUUGAUGUCCCAGUUGUUGCACCACCAGUUGCUGAGGUCCCAGUUGUUGCCCCUCUGCUUGACCCUAUACCUGUGUUUGUUGACCGUGCACCAAAAUUAACUAUAAAAUACUUGUGA